AGGCUUGCUACAACCGUUUCGAGCAUCGCCGCUUGAGAUCAGAAGUGAGAGAUGAGCAGGAGGCAGGAUUGUGCGGGUUGAAGAAAACAUCGGUGCUCUCAAUCCCCGCUCAACGCUCGUCGCGCCCCAAAAUCGCGAACCGGUCCCCAGCAAGAGAAGCAGGAGAGGUUCUCUGAUUGCGCAAGAGCUAGUGUUGAAUCUCUCGAAUACAGAUCUACCACCUCCAUCUAGGCUGUCUUUGUUUUGUGGCCGUCAAUUCUCGGCCUUGUCAACAAUCGUCUCUAGUUUCGGCUUCCCAUUCAUCAUCUUGCCGCGUUGUAACCUUCUUCCUGCGGCGAGGCGCCACUCGAUAUCGCUUAGCGCUUUGCGAGAUCGCCCUCCAAACGUCAAAAACAAAAGAGUGCUUUGGCCAUCGCGUCGAAUGUGCUCGAUGCUAUCCCCUUUCGGCACUAUCGCUAAAGAUGUUUGUUGUCCGCUACGGACAUCUUUUGAAGGGUGUAUAAAGACGAUUGGGAUGUCGAUGCUGUCGUCCGUGUCGCCGUUCAUCUCUCUUCUCGCCACCCUCUCCCGUCUUCCCUUCAUCCAUGCCGCGCGACGCACUCAAGCCAUCUCCCAAGAAACCAGAGCUGAACGAGCCCCCGCGGCGCUCGAUCUGCUCCACCUGCGGAGCCAGUAUCGGCCGCACGUCCGAUUUGCAGCGCCACAUGCUCACACACGCGAAGAACAAAGAAGAGCUGAUGUUCCAGUGCCCGUAUCCUGACUGCAAACACCGGACGCUCCAGCGGUCGAAUCUGGAGACACACAUCCGUACCCACACGAAUAUGCGGCCUCUGCAGUGUACAUACAUAUACACCGACGGGCUCAAGUGCGAGUUCGCCACGGCAGACCCUUCGUCGCUCCACAGACACAAGAAGCGCAAGCACGAGAACCAUGGGGUGGCGCUUAUGGCGCAUGAUGAUCCUGACGACUGACUGAUGCGUCGGCGCUUUCUUUCGGCGUGUGAAAUCCCGCUUGCUUUGUUCUCC